GGGCCAGCGCCCCUGCCCGCCACACAAGUUAGAGCACGCGCUGAUCCAGAGAGAAGCCGCAGACGUCAGAGGAACUCAGACGGAGGAACAUGGCGCAGAGUUGGAGAACUGUCUCCGGGCUGCACAGGUAAACAACCACCGACACGGACCCUGCGUUUCUCUGGAAGUCAGCGACGGAUUACCCUGUGACCGCUGACCGCCUGCCCGACAACACCUAUCAACAUUUCUCCUCCCCCUGCCACUUCUGGGACCGGGCGGACGCGGCGGAGAAGAAGAAGAGUUGACAGCCGACGUUCACCUGAAUUGUGCGACCACAGAAUGUGUGCCGACCAUUUUAGCUAACUGACGUUAAGUUGCGCGGUGGGAGCUUCUUAUCGACCCCCACCGAGCCGCGGCGAUUUCCUCCUGCACUCAGAGCUGUUAGCCAGUCGAUAGCAACACAACAUGGUUCCGUGAACUGUUGCUCCUGUAACACCAGCUUAGCGAUCAGUGUCCGUGUACUGCCGUCUCUGCGUCAUAUGCCUGGUUUGUGUUGACAGUAGCGUUAGCCACAUAGCAUAAUGUCCGAUAACCAGAGCUGGAACUCCUACGGCUCCGAGGAGGAUUUAGAGCCCAGAGAGGAGCCUGCACAUCCUGUUGGGAAUGGCCGGUUCAGCGGAGUCCUCAGCAAGUGGACAAACUACAUCCAUGGCUGGCAGGACCGUUGGGUGGUGCUGAAAAACAACACACUGAGCUACUACAAGUCCCAGGAUGAGACCGAGUAUGGCUGUCGAGGUUCCCUCUGCCUUAGUAAAGCUGUUAUUACUCCUCAUGAGUUUGAUGAGUGCCGGCUGGACAUCAGUGUGAACGACAGUGUGUGGUACCUGAGAGCACAAGACCCAGAGCACAGAUACCAGUGGAUUGACUCCAUUGAGCUGCACCGGAGUAUCACAGAGAGAAGAACAGACAGGGGAGGAAUCCAGGGAACAAUAAUCAUCCCUCCACCACUGAUCGGUGCAGUUGCUGAUUCUGGUUAUGGCUCAGAGUCCAGUCUGCGGAGACGUGGCUCCAUGCUGUCUCUCACGUCAGCCACCAGCGGCUUCUCUGCCACCUCCACAUCCUCCUUCAAGAAGGGUCACAGCCUGAAAGAGAAGCUGGCAGAGAUGGAGACCUUCAGAGACAUUUUGUGCAGGCAGGUGGACACGCUUCAGAAAUACUUUGACAGCUGUUCAGAUGCUGAGUCCAAGGAUGAGCUGCAGAGAGACAAAAUCGUGGAGGAUGAUGAAGAUGACUUCCCCAACACCCGCACAGAUGGAGAGUUUCUGCACAACAACAAUGGAAGCAAAGAAAAAUUGUUCCAGUCUUUGAGUCCCAAGGGAAUCAAUGGCAUAGACUUCAAGGGUGAAGCCAUCACAUUCAAGGCCACCACAGCCGGGAUCCUGGCCACUCUGUCCCACUGCAUCGACCUCAUGGUGAAGAGAGAGGACAGCUGGCAAAAGAGACUGGAUAAGGAGAUGGAGAAGAGGCGGAGGAUAGAGGACAGCUUCAAAUCAGCCCUCAACGAACUGAAGAAGAAGUCUCACUUUGGAGGUCCAGAUUAUGAGGAGGGUCCAAACAGCCUCAUUAAUGAGGACGAGUUCUUUGAUGCAGUUGAGGCCGCUCUUGACAGACAAGACAAAAUUGAGGAACAGUGCCAAACUGAAAAGACAAGGAUACAGAGAUCCAGCCCUGUUCCCAUCGCAGACGUCUACUCCAGCACUGGCUCACACAGAUUCUCUGAUAAGGUGGAGGAGAUGGUGCAGAGUCACAUGACCUACUCCCUGCAGGAUGUUGGUGGAGACGCCAACUGGCAGCUGGUUGUAGAAGAGGGAGAAAUGAAGGUGUACAGGAGAGAGGUGGAAGAAAAUGGGAUCGUUUUGGACCCCCUGAAGGCCACUCACUCAGUAAAGGGAGUGACUGGUCAUGAGCUCUGCCACUACUUCUGGGACACCGCAUAUCGCAACGACUGGGAGACCACGAUUGAAAACUUCAAUGUUGUGGAGACGCUGUCGGAAAACGCAGCAAUUAUCUAUCAAACGCACAAGCGGGUGUGGCCUGCGUCUCAGAGGGACGUACUGUACCUGUCCGCCAUGAGGAAGAUCUUAGCCAACAACGAGAACGACCCCGACACCUGGCUGGUCUGCAACUUCUCCGUGGAUCAUGACGAUGCACAGCCGAGCAACAAGUGUGUCCGAGCCAAAAUCAACAUCGCCAUGAUCUGUCAGACCCUGGUCAGUCCACCAGAGGGAGACAAAGAGAUCAGCAGAGACAACAUCCUGUGUAAAAUCACAUACUUCGCUAAUGUAAAUCCAGGAGGCUGGGCUCCUGCCUCCGUGCUCAGGGCUGUGGCUAAGAGAGAGUACCCCAAGUUCCUCAAGCGCUUCACCUCCUACGUCCAGGAGAAAACGUCUGGCAAACCCAUCUUAUUCUAAAUCUCCCAGUGUUGAGACACGAGAACAGGACUCACCAUGACUCUCUGCUGCCAUGAAGACACAAGUUCCUCAGAGGGAUUUCUUCCUCCUCAUCAUUUUGUUACUACAAGUCAGUUCCAGUAGGGGAGGAUGUGUAAUAACUGUGUCCUCUGUACCCCUGAGACAGUCAUACACGAAAGUUGUAUUUAAUGCUAAUAAUUUCAACAGCACUUCAUAUUUGUUUUUAUCUCCCUUCAUUGUGGUUUAAUGGGUCAAAAGAUUAAACUGCAGCUAUUCAGACGGCAUGAGAAAAUUAACCAAGCCUGUUACAUCCCUCCCCUGAGGUGGUCACACCACAUCGCACCGUGUUUCCUGGUCUUGUAGAGAACUGACACCAUGUCUGUCUCUGACAAGUAUAUUAAUAUAUCAAUGUACCUAUGUUCAAUAAGUUUGUAAAAAUAAAAUUGUAGAUCUUUACUAGCAGACUGUAAUAUUGAGUUCAUAUUUUGCAUUUUGUUUUUGCUCAAUUCAUGUCCCAGCAUUCUUUGUAAGCUGCUAACUUUUGCGAGUUUAAACACGAUUGAUUUGAGACGAUCAUCUUUUCUGUGUUAAGUCCAGAGGGCCGUCAUUAACCCGUGACCCCUAUGAAGUAAGACUUGAACUUUUUCACCCCGUCUCUCUCAUGAAAACGCCUCGUGGUGCGGAUGGAGAGAUGAGCCGAAGAGUUUCUAUUUAUUUAAAUCCACAAAAGAGUUUGUCUGCAUCGUUAGCCCGGCUUUAUUUUUGUGUCACUGUUGAUAUGUUCCACUUACAAAGCAUAUCCUGUAUUUUGAAUGGUAAAUGAGAUGUAAAUAGUGUCACUAACAUUUUCAGCGAAGGUCCUCCAAGCAUUUUUAUGAUAGUCGAGCCCAAAUGCCUUAGUGUUACAGGAAGAUGUAGCGUCAGUUGGGAGUCUGGGGGCGGUUAGUGCACCCGGUAAAUCACUAGUGAAGUGCCUCAUGGCUUAUUUCCCUAUAUUAUUGUCUUUUGUCCCUUGAGAGACUAUUUCAAAUGUGUCCUGCGAGUCAUUUGCUGAGAGCUAGCGGGAUGUUAUAGGUCUAGUGUCGCAAAAACAUCAUUUCAGUGUAGCCACCUCAACAGUUCCGUUAGUAUUCUUGGUGUUUCUUACAUGUGCUGCGUACUAACAUGACAAAUGUUCACAUAGUCAGGUGGGGUCCUGUAUUUUCUGCCCGAGACUGUUUAAUACAUGUGCAGAGCUGAAAAGUCCAAAGUACUUGAGUUGAUUUUUACAGGAAUCGUGUCCAUGAGAAAACUUUUAUUUGCAGAUCCUAAUUGUUCAACUGGUUUUGGUUUAAGUUUUGAUCACGCACCUUAUUUUCCAGACUUUUCAAAAUAAAACAUUCUCUGCUCUUGUACCAUUUCAACUUCAACGUCUGGGGUCAUAUCAAUGAUGGUAAAUGUGCAGCUGUGUUUAUCAGUUUUCAGUCUUUUAGAGCUUCUAGCUGAAAGAUGUGGGUGAGAGAACAAGUGAAGCCAGAUGAUACUCGGCCUUUCAGCCGAGUGGGAGGACGCCGCACUGAGGCUCUCUCACCUGAAGCCAGACAUUUCUAAUUUCUAAAGUUUAGUUCUUCACAGGUUGAAUGUGAUUAGAGAAACAUUUUUGUAAAUUAUUUGUUCAUACUUAUGCUGUGGGAUCAACUUACAAAAUGUACUGUGACGACGUGGCACUUGUGCCCUGUUUGAAAGUGAAAUAAAUAAGUUUAUCCUUCAGUUU